CUCCUCCUCCAGCUAGUGCUGCGGCGGCGUCCCGCGGCCUCCCGGAGAAUCGGGCGGGAGGGGAGAGCGGGCGUGGAUUGGUCUUGACGAGAACUACGGUUCCAGAUGGCAAAUUCUAUGAAUGGCAGAAACCCUGGUGGUCGAGGAGGAAACCCCCGAAAAGGAAGAAUUUUGGGAAUUAUUGACGCUAUUCAAGAUGCAGUUGGACCUCCUAAGCAAGCAGCAGCCGACCGCAGGACUGUGGAGAAAACUUGGAAACUCAUGGACAAAGUGGUCAGACUGUGCCAAAAUCCCAAACUUCAGUUGAAAAAUAGCCCACCAUACAUACUUGACAUUUUACCUGAUACAUAUCAGCAUUUGCGACUUAUAUUGAGUAAAUAUGAUGACAACCAGAAACUUGCCCAACUCAGUGAGAAUGAGUAUUUUAAAAUCUACAUUGAUAGUUUAAUGAAAAAGUCAAAACGGGCAAUAAGACUCUUUAAAGAAGGCAAGGAGAGGAUGUACGAAGAGCAGUCACAGGACAGACGAAAUCUCACCAAACUGUCCCUUAUCUUCAGUCACAUGCUGGCAGAAAUUAAAGCAAUCUUUCCCAAUGGGCAAUUCCAAGGAGAUAACUUUCGUAUCACGAAAGCAGAUGCUGCUGAAUUCUGGAGGAAGUUUUUUGGAGACAAAACUAUCGUACCAUGGAAAGUAUUCAGACAGUGCCUUCAUGAGGUUCAUCAAAUUAGCUCCGGCCUGGAGGCGAUGGCUCUGAAAUCGACAAUUGAUUUAACUUGUAAUGAUUACAUUUCAGUUUUUGAAUUUGAUAUUUUUACGAGACUCUUUCAGCCUUGGGGCUCUAUUUUACGGAAUUGGAAUUUCUUAGCUGUAACACAUCCAGGUUACAUGGCAUUUCUCACAUAUGAUGAAGUUAAAGCACGACUACAGAAAUAUAGCACCAAACCCGGAAGCUACAUUUUCCGGUUAAGCUGUACUAGAUUGGGACAGUGGGCCAUCGGCUAUGUGACAGGAGAUGGCAAUAUCUUACAGACCAUACCACAUAACAAGCCCUUAUUUCAAGCCCUGAUUGAUGGCAGCAGGGAAGGAUUCUAUCUUUAUCCUGAUGGGAGGAGCUAUAAUCCUGAUUUAACUGGAUUAUGUGAACCUACACCACAUGAUCAUAUAAAAGUUACCCAGGAACAAUAUGAAUUAUAUUGUGAAAUGGGAUCCACUUUUCAGCUCUGUAAAAUUUGUGCUGAGAACGACAAAGAUGUCAAGAUUGAGCCUUGUGGGCAUUUGAUGUGCACAUCUUGCCUUACAGCAUGGCAGGAGUCAGACGGCCAGGGCUGCCCCUUCUGUCGCUGUGAAAUAAAAGGAACAGAGCCCAUCAUCGUCGACCCCUUUGAUCCAAGGGAUGAAGGUUCCAGAUGCUGUAGCAUCAUUGACCCCUUUGGAGUGCCGAUGCUGGACCUGGAUGAUGAUGAUGACCGAGAGGAGUCUUUGAUGAUGAAUCGUUUGGCAAAUGUUCGAAAGUGCACUGACAGGCAGAAUUCACCAGUCACAUCACCAGGAUCGUCUCCCCUUGCACAGAGAAGAAAGCCCCACGCAGAUCCUCUGCAGAUCCCGCAUCUAAGCCUGCCACCCGUGCCUCCUCGCCUGGACCUAAUUCAGAAAGGCAUAGUUCGGUCUCCCUGCGGCAGCCCCACUGGUUCACCAAAGUCUUCUCCUUGCAUGGUGAGAAAACAAGAUAAACCACUCCCCGCACCUCCUCCUCCCUUACGAGAUCCUCCUCCGCCUCCGCCUGAGAGACCUCCCCCAAUCCCACCUGACAAUAGACUGAGUCGUCACUUCCAUCAUGCGGAAAGUGUGCCUUCUAGAGACCAGCCAAUGCCUCUUGAAGCCUGGUGCCCUCGGGAUGUGUUUGGGACUAACCAGUCGGUGGGAUGUCGACUCUUAGGGGAUGGCUCUCCAAAGCCUGGAAUCACAGCAAGUUCAAAUGUGAAUGGAAGACACAGUAGAGUGGGCUCUGACCCCGUGCUUAUGCGGAAGCACAGACGCCAUGAUUUGCCUUUAGAAGGAGCCAAGGUCUUUUCCAAUGGUCACCUGGGAAGUGAAGAAUAUGAUGUUCCUCCCCGGCUUUCCCCUCCUCCUCCAGCUGCUGCCCUUCUUCCUAGCAUCAAGUGUACUGGCCCAUUAGCAAAUUCCCUUUCAGAGAAAACCAGAGACCCAGUAGAGGAAGAUGACGAUGAAUACAAGGUUCCUUCAUCCCAUCCUGUUUCCCUGAAUUCACAACCAUCUCAUUGCCAUAAUGUAAAACCUCCUCUUAGGUCCUGUGAUAAUGGUCAUUGUAUAUUGAAUGGAACACACGGUACAUCUUCAGAGUUGAAGAAAUCAAACAUCCCUGAAUUAGGCAUAUAUUUAAAGGGAGAUGUUUUUGAUUCAGCCUCUGAUCCAGUGCCAUUACCACCUGCCAGGCCUCCAACUCGGGACAAUCCAAAGCAUGGUUCUUCACUCAACAGGACGCCCUCUGAUUAUGAUCUUCUCAUCCCUCCAUUAGGUGAAGAGGCUUUUGAUGCCCUCCCCCCUUCCCUCCCACCUCCCCCGCCUCCUGCAAGGCACAGCCUCAUCGAACACUCAAAACCUCCUGGCUCCAGCAGCCGACCAUCCUCAGGACAAGACCUUUUCCUUCUUCCUUCAGAUCCCUUUUUUGAUCCAGCAAGUGGCCAAGUUCCUUUGCCUCCUGCUAGGAGAUUGCCAGGCGAAAACGUCAAAGCCAACAGAGCAUCACAGGACUAUGAUCCGCUUCCUUCAUCUUCAGAUGGUUCACAAGCACCAGCCAGACCUCCUAAACCACGACCCCGCAGGACUGCACCGGAAAUCCACCACAGAAAACCCCACGGGCCCGAGGCAGCAUUGGAAAACGUUGAUGCAAAAAUUGCGAAACUCAUGGGAGAGGGUUAUGCCUUUGAAGAAGUGAAGAGAGCCUUAGAGAUAGCCCAGAAUAACGUUGAGGUGGCACGUAGCAUCCUCCGAGAAUUUGCCUUCCCGCCUCCAGUCUCUCCACGUCUAAAUCUAUAGCAGCCAAGACUGUCAACACCAAAAUGGCAAGCAAUCGAUGUUCCAGGAUCGUGGAAUAGAGACAAGUGAGAGAAGGUGUCUCCUCAUGUGGCAUCUUGAGAAGAGGCUUGGAAGUGCUGCUUCUCAGAAGACAGCUGCUUGCUCAGGAUGUCAGCAGCUGCGCUUAUUUCUGCUAGCCAUACUUUUAAAUCAGGGUUGAACUGACAAAAAUAAUUUAAAGACGUUUACUUCCCUUGAACUUUGAGUCUGUGAAAUGCUUUCCUUGUUUACAAGUUGGCGAGGUUGCGGUUUGUUUUUAGUUUUGUUUUAGGGUUUUUUUUGUUUUUUUUGAUACCUGUACUGUGUUCUUGACAGACCCUUGGUAGAGUGGUCAGGUCUGCUGUAACAUCUCCCACCAAUUCCCUCGCUGUCCACUUCAACAGCUAAGUCCCAUGUCCAUUUUGAUAUCUCCCACCACGCCCCGUGCCCACUCCUACCCAGGUCCAAUUCCAUUUCUCCCAUUUACAAGAUGCUUUAAAGGUUCUGAUUUUCAACGUAUCUAACUAAUGCAAAAAAAAAAAAAAAAAGUGUGUGGCCUUCACUACUGAGUCUUUUCUUUGGAAACCUUUGCUGUUGUGAGAUGGGAAAAUUAUGAAUGUAUAAAGCCUUUUUUUGUCAAUGAACUAACUGCCUUCUGAUAAGGGGUUUUCAUAUGAUCUAAAGGAACAUCCCUUUUUAGUAUAAGUUUUAUGAUCCUUAACCUCCCAUAUUCUCAUCUUUGCCAUCCCAGGGGUGUCACUACUCUGUAAAAAUAUAAAAUAUUAGAAAGCAACUACUGCAGAUGUGGGAGAAAUACACUUGCACAUGUCAGUUCCGUACUGAAGUUAUAUAAUGAGGUCCCCCGACAUUUAUGCCUGCAUCACUUUGAGGCAUGCUGAAUAAGAGGGCCAUCUCCCUGAAAUAUAUUAAUUUUCAGAUAAAAUUAUCGUACCUUUCCUGAAGUGGAGUAGAGUUCAUUUCCUAUUUGAGUGAUUACACUCUGGUACCUAACAGGUUUAGGAACCAGUUGACAUUGCAGUGGAAAAGUACAUCUUUGAUGCACUGUUAAGUGCCAAUGCUACUGUGGCAGUGUUGUUUUGUUUUUUUUUUUCUUUUUGGCAAAAUCUCUCCAGUCAAAUUGGAGUUCAUAUUUAAUUUGUGGAUUCCCAUUGCUCCAUCCAGAGGAAAGAAAUUCAUAUAGUUUUGGUUUGUUGUUUUUUUUUUCAAAAUGGGGGUUGGUUUUCAGAAACCACAUUAUUUUAAUCAAGCUGCAAAUAUUUAUUGAGCAUCUAUGAUGUGCUUGAUGCCUUAGGCACUAAUGUUUUUAAAGCACAAACUGUCACAAGCUGAUUCCAAUAUAAUGAUUUGUUAUUCUU